AUGGGCCUGGGCGCCAGCGCCGAGCAGCCUGCGGGCGGCGCCGAGGGCUUCCACCUGCACGGGGUGCAGGAGAACUCCCCCGCCCAGCAGGCCGGCCUGGAGCCCUACUUCGACUUUAUCAUCACCAUCGGGCACUCAAGACUGAACAAGGAGAAUGACACUCUCAAGGCCCUGCUGAAGGCCAACGUGGAGAAGCCAGUGAAGCUGGAGGUGUUCAACAUGAAGACCAUGAAAGUACGUGAGGUGGAGGUGGUUCCCAGCAACAUGUGGGGUGGCCAGGGCCUGCUGGGCGCCAGCGUCCGCUUCUGCAGCUUCCGCCGGGCCAGCGAGCACGUGUGGCACGUGCUGGAUGUAGAGCCCUCUUCACCUGCUGCCCUGGCGGGCCUGCGCCCCUACACAGACUACGUUGUGGGCUCGGACCAGAUCCUCCAGGAGUCCGAGGACUUCUUCUCGCUCAUCGAGUCCCACGAGGGGAAGCCCUUGAAGCUGAUGGUUUACAAUUCUGAGUCUGACUCCUGCCGGGAGGUGACUGUCACCCCCAAUGCAGCCUGGGGUGGAGAGGGCAGCCUGGGCUGUGGCAUUGGUUACGGGUAUCUGCACCGGAUCCCAGCCCAGCCCCCCAGCCACCACAAGAAGCCGCCUGGUGGCCCGCCGCCUGGUGCCCCGCCGCCUGGACCCACCCCUCAGGACUCUGCUGCUCCUCUUGGCCUGGAGACAGGCUCCAAACAGGGUGACUACGUGGAGGCCUUGCUGCAGGCACCUGAUUCCUCCACAGAGGAACAGCUCCCUGGGCCUGAAAGUCCUGGCCAGGGCGCUCAAGACCUCGGAGACCUGCCCCGUUCCACGGAGACCCCUCUGCAGCCUCCGCCUCCACUGCAGCGAGUCAUGGACCCAGGCUUCCUGGACGUGUCUGGCCUCUCCCUUUUGGACAGCAGCAACGCCAGCGUCUGGCCCGGCCUGCCCUCUUCUGCAGAGCUGACCCCCCCUGUGGUCUCAGCCUCAGGGCUGGAGGAUGUCUGCUCCAGCAGCGGUUCUCACGAGCGUGGUGGUGAGGCCACCUGGUCUGGAUCCGAGUUUGAGGUCUCCUUCCCAGACAGCCCCGGCGCCCAGGCCCAGACAGACCACCUGCCUCAGCUGACCCUUCCCGACAGCCUCACUUCUGCCGCCUCACCCGAAGACGGGCUGUCUGCUGAGCUGCUUGAAGCCCAAGCGGAGGAGGAGCCAGCAAGCCCAGAGAGCCCAGACUGCGGGGUGGAGGCUGGGGGGGCUCCUAGCCAGGCCCGGCUCUCCACUCCUGAACACCACUCUGGGCUAUGA